AUGCUUGAAGAUCGUGAGCCUAGUAGAGGCUCACCUGUCAUCGAUGUUGGUCAAUUAAAAACCGUCAUUGAGAAAGAAACAUGUAAAAUCCCUCGAGAACUGCCAAAAGAACUUCAAGUUAGCCAGAAAACUGCCUGCAACCAUUUGAAUGCAAUCGUAAAAUCAAAGAAGCUCAACAAAUGGGUACCACACGAUUUGAAUGAAACUCAGAUAAUGCACAAAUGUGAAAUUUGCUCAUGCCUUAUUCUCCGUAACCAGACCGGUCCAUUUCUCUACCUAAGAAAUGAGAGAGCAAAUAAGAAAGCAAUUAACAAAGACGAAAAUGUCAUUAACUGCAAGAGAAAUUAA